UCUCAGGUUUUUGGAUGGCUCCGACCUGGCAACCCUACUGGAGAGGAAGGGUAUUUGGGAGGAGGGGGAGAAGUCGUAUGGAAUCCGCGCUCCCACCCUUGCAUCGCCGUGUUCGUUUGGGAACCUGAAGUGUUGGAAGUCUCAGCAAGAGGCCAAACCUUCCAACUCUUUAGCUCUUGCUUCGAGAGCGACGCGGGGAGAAAGCGGGUGAGCCUUCUGCUCGGCACGCGAAGGGUUGAGGACUAGACUCCUAGAGCGAAGGGAAUUUGGGGAGGGGUCCUCCAAAGCAAAAGCGCCUCCAACCUUCCGGGCUUCUCAUUUGGGGGUGUGAAAGUGGCCGUUGACACUCCCAAGCGCUGCAUCGGUGGCCCCUUUUGGGAUCUGGAGGAAUGGCCUUACACAACCAUCUAAACACCAUUGUGGAUGAUAAGAGGAAAGAGAUAAAGAUGUAAUAUCAACCAAAGCAAACUGCAACCAAACGUUUGCCAUGCGCUUCGCUUCCGUUGACAGUCUUAACCUUGGGAAAGCAAUUGGCAGAAGAUGAAAUAGUUCCUGUUGGAGGCUUCCUUGACACACGGAUCAAAGAUGGAAGAGGAAGGUUCAUCUGGCCCUGAGGCAGGAAGAUGCUUCUAUACCACUGAGGCUGUGAGCAAUGGGGAAUUAUGGGAUAGAACCAUGCAGAAGGUCCUGAGUGAGGAGGACAUCCUCAGCUCAGAUGUGCAGCGACAGCAUUUCAGGCAGUUCUGCUAUCAGGAGGCCAAGGCCCCCCGAGAAGUUUGCACCCAACUCCACAAUCUCUGCCGUCUGUGGCUGAAGCCAGAGUGCCACACGAAGAACCAGAUCCUGGACCUGGUGAUCCUGGAGCAGUUCCUGACUAUCCUUCCAGUGGAGAUAGAGAGCUGGGUGAGGGAAUGUGGAGCGGAGACCAGUUCCCAGGCGGUGGCCCUGGCAGAAGGUUUCCUCCUGAGCCAGGCAGAGGAGAAGCAGCAGGCAGAGCAGCAGGGAAAGGAUCUCUUUGCAGAAAUGGGCACUGCUUUCCUUGAGGCCAAGAAGACUCCAUCAGAUACCAUUCAGGGUCCACUGGGGGAUGAAAUGAUGCUGGCAAGACCUCCUCAGCCAUCUGAACUUCGUGAUGGAGGGGAAGCAGGUGCUGUGGAAGCAGAUCAGGGUCCAGUGGUCUUUGAGGACGUGGCUGUGCAUUUCAUGGAGGAGGAGUGGGCCCUGCUGGAUCCUGACCAGAGAGCUCUGCAUACGGAAGUCAUGGAGGAAAAUUGUGGGAUCGUGGCCUCUCUCAGAUGUGACAAACUGGAAACCAAGAAUAAGAGAGAUCAUGAGAAAAUCCACACAGCUGGAGAGCCGUGUCAACAUAUGGAGUGUGGAGAGACCUUCAGUCAAAGAUCCCAUCAACAAAUUCACAGCGGAGAGAUACCAUGUAAGUGCUUGCAAUGUGGAAAGAGCUUCCGCUGGAAGCAUCAUCUCACUUCCCAUCAAAGAACUCAUACGAAGGAGAAACCUUAUCAAUGUCUGGAAUGUGGAAAGAGCUUUAAUAGAAGCACAAACUUCCAUUGUCAUCAAAGAAUUCACACCGGGGUGAAACCAUAUAAGUGCUUGGAAUGUGGAAAGAGCUUCACUUGCAAGGCAAGUCUCAAUGCCCAUCAAAGAAUUCACACUGGGGAGAAACCGUAUCAAUGCAUGGAAUGUGGAAAGAGCUUCAUUCAGAGUUCCCAUCUUACUACCCAUCAAAGAAUUCACACAGGGGAGAAACCAUAUCAAUGUUUGGAAUGUGGAAAGAGCUUUAGUAGAAGCACGAAUGUUCAUCGUCAUCAAAGAAUUCAUAUUGGCCAGAAAGCAUAUCAAUCCUUAGAAUAUGACAAGAGCUUUAAUAGAAGCACAAACUUUAAUUGUCAUCAAACUAUUCACAGUGGGGAGAAAACAUACCAGUGCCUGGAAUGUGGGAAAAGCUUCCGUCAGCGCUUCCAUCUCACUAGACAUCAAAGAAUUCACACUGGGGAGAAACCAUAUCAAUGUUUGGAAUGUGGAAAGACCUUCAGUCGGAGCUCUCAACUCUCUUACCAUCAGAUAAUCCAUACAGGGGAAAAACCAUAUCAAUGCUUGGAAUGUGGAAAGAGGUUUAAUAGAAGCACAAACCUCCGUUGCCAUCGAAGAAUUCACACCAGGGUGAAACCAUAUGAAUGCUUAGAAUGUGGAAAGAGUUUCACCUGCAAGGCAAGUCUCACUGCUCAUGAAAGAAUUCACAGUGGGGAGAAACCAUAUCAAUGCUUGGAAUGUGGAAAGGGCUUUAACAUAAGCAAAAGUUUCUAUCGUCAUCAAAUAAUUCACACUGGGGAGAAAUCAUAUAAAUGCUUGGAAUGUGGAAAGAGCUUCUUUCAGAAGAGUAAUAUGACUUCCCAUCAAAGAAUUCAUACAGGGAAGAAACCAUAUCAGUGUUUGGAAUGUGGAAAGAGUUUCAGCUUCAAGAAAAGUCUAAUUUCCCAUCAGACUAUUCAUGUAGGAGAGAAACCAUAAAUGCACUGGUGAGUGGUGAUUACUGGACCUGGCAGGGUCGCCAGGGGGCCAUGGAGGCAUAGCCAAUGAGGUUAUGGAGAUAUAGCCAAGUUGGGCGGUGAUUACAUACUGAUUAUGGGGAAGGGUGCAAUCUCAGUACCUGCAGGUACCUUUGUGCACAGAAUUGCUCCCUAGUUGCUUAUCUAUUUAAAAAUCUGGUUCUUUGCUUGUUCGCAAAAGGAAAGGAAAGCACAAGGCGGUGCUUGCAAUGGAAAAUAUCCAAACCUGUUCUUUUGUUCCCUCAACAUGCUGCAUCUUAGGGACACCAAAAAAUGGCUGCUCAUUCACAGUCCAGGAAGGGGAAAUUCCGGCAAUCGGAGAUCGAGCUGCUUUUUUAAUUUAUUUCAGCCGAGGGAAGGGCAAGUGGAAUUCUGGCCAGCACACCCCUAAUAAUCGCACCAGUAUUCAGAUGUGUUUCAUGCAUUCUUCUUAUGGGUUGCAUGGGGGAAACCAAGCUUGGAGGAGAGGAGGCCGCUAGAUUGCCAGUAUGUGUUCACUUUCCUUAUAAAAUCUGAACAAUUAACUUUAGCAUUCUAAUGUAGUAGAAAAUUGGUCCUUUAGGCCAUUCUUUGUUGUAGUAUUAUUUAUUUUGUAAUUUUAAUGUCGUGUAUAGCCUGAAACUGAUUUUAUUUAUUCUCCCUUUUUCAGUUUUACCCCUUUAGUCCCAUUUUAAUAUCGCUCCCUUUGAAGUGUACUGUAUUUUAUGUAUUUUUAUCUAUUUUAAUGUUUUUUGUGUUAUUCCCUGUGUAUGAUGUUAUUGUCAGCCGCCCUGAGUGCCCUACUAUAGGGUAGAAGGGCAGGAUGGAAAAAUUUUAAAUAAAUAGUGUU